CUCAGGAACAGGCUACUAAUUUGCAGUGCAGGGAAACAGAGGAAGAAUAGAGUCACUGGGCACGCUGUGGUGUUUUGCUUGAAAAGGAGGCUGAGAGCAAGACUGUAGUCAGGACUCUGGGGUUUAGGAAUACCUUCCACAUCCUCGAAGCUCUAUUGCUGUUGAGAUCUGCAUCACACACAGUCAGAGGCCAUGCAGAAGGAGGAGCUGGGAAUGGAUGAAAAUCGCAACCCAGAGGAGGAGCUGCGUCUCCUCGGUGGAAAGAAGGAAAAAUGCCACAACCUCAGCAACCGCAUCCGGACAGGGGGUGGAGCAGAGCUGGGCUACAGGCCAAGCCAGGUCUCCAGAGAAGGUGCCUGGGAGUCCAACGGGUAUACUGCUCCCUCUGAGAUAGCUGACGAACCCAGUGUUCCCCUGAGCCCUUCCAACAGCCUCAACAUCCGCAAUCUCCAGUUGUCUGAGCGGGACCCUCCUGUUGCCCACCAUCCCCACCGCUACCCUCAUCGCUUUUACCAUGCCCGCCCCUUCCAUGCUACAGCAUACCGCAAGACCUACCGAGGCAGCCCCUCAGACCGCAAGGAAUGGGGACCUAGCACAAACGGCCACCACUGUGCUCCUGAGAGCAUCUCCAACGGGCGGUGGCAGCACCGGCGCCGCGGCUAUUCCGACCCACCCUCCCCAUCGUCGUCUCCCGAAUCCGAACGAGGCAGCACCGUCAAAGCCAGUGAGAAGCCUGCCGCCACAUCUAAUGCCGCCAACACAGCCAACGAGGAUUCUGGGAAGGAAACAUGGUCGCUCUUCCGGCCACUUCCCGCUUUCCCUGUCGAUAGCAGCAGUGCCCGGAUCAUCCCCAAGAUCUCUUAUGCCAGCAAGCUGAAAGAGAACCUGGAUCAACCGGGGAAAGCCUGCCAUGUUCCUGCCUCAGCCGUCCGCACCACCAAUAGCCUCCCCAACUGUGUCUUGGCGCCACCCCCAAGUAGCCCCCCGCCGUCUGACAGCAGUCGGCGACAGCACCUGGGAGCCAUCUUUCAGAAUGAGUGGGGCCUCUCCUUUAUCAACGAGCCCGGGGCUGGGCAUGGAGGGGGUGGCGGGACGGCACCAGACGUGGAUGAACGAGAUGCAGAUGCUGGAGCAUCCUGGGAGAAAAUGGAAGUUAGCGACUGGCAGGCUGCAAAAAAUUACCAUCUGGACGAGUGGAGACAUAUAUGGGAGCUACACAGUCAAGAUCCUAGCAGAGUGACGGUCUACACAGACACCUUUGAUGGGAAGGGUUAACUUCAAUAAUUCCCAGGGGAAGCACCGCUAAGACAUGAGGGGGGGCACAUGGGGAGAGGCAAGAUGCCCACCCACCCCCCUUGAAGACUGGAGAAGCCCAAGCAUCUUGAAAGGGGAAGCAGCUCUGCCGCCUCCCUCCCUCCCUCCCUUUGCUGUUACAGCUCAAAUUGUCUCAGUGGGGCUAACGCCUCACCUCUCUUUUUCUCUCUUGCUCUCCCUCUAUUUCUCUCUGAUUUAAUGCUCUGGUUUUUAAUUUCUUCACAUGGUUUUUAAUUUCUCUGGAUUCCCCUGAAAAUAAAGGCAAAAAAAGAAUUUAUUUAAAUUCA